AUGUCACUAGGGGCGGUAAGAUCUGCAGUGAAAGAAGUUUUACUGUGCACUGCUUCAUACUUCAUCGGUUGCCUUUACGCCUUAUUCGUUCUAAUUUUUUACAUACUGGGUAAACCAUGCUCACGAUUUGGCAAAGCCUAUCUCAAGAAAUCUUCUCCCUACACAUUAAGGAUGAAUGAUAGCGCCCUGACGCUGCCUCUAUCAUCUGCUUCAGACACUGAAAAUCGCAAACACACAACCCAUACACAAGAUCAAUGUUUACUUUUGACGAAGCUGCCUGCGGAACUGCGGAAAUCGAUUUGGGAACUGUGUCUCGGUGGAAGAAGAUUUCGUUUCUCGCUUCUUGGAGGCCCCGGUGAAUCGACUCAGCUAGUAUGCCACGAAGAGCCGAACCAGCAAGGCUCCUCUUUGCAUCCGUUGCCAUCGGAGCUUCCCUCCAACGAUAACCGAAAUAUAACAGCCGCUCAUCCCGGGCAAAAUCGUAAAGUUUUCCCCUUAGUCUUGACUUGCCGCAGGAUAUACUCAGAGGCAAUCGACUGCCUCUAUUCACGCAACAAUUUUAAUAUAAGUGCUUGUUACCUUGGGGGCCUUCCAAGUCUUCUUCUUCCUCAACGCUUCAAUGCCAUCCGUUCCAUGACUAUAGACUGGGGAUUUCCAUAUGGUUCGCCCAUUCCUCUGGGCUUGGAAGGCUUUAGCCAUCAAACUUGGGGAUUUUGGGUAAAAUCGUGGAAAAUAUUAGCUAGCAUGAAGGGUCUUUCGGUGCUUGAUGUAAAGCUCAGUGGCGACGUGUUCUUCAAUAGCUAUCAGUGGACGCGUCUUGGGGAAGAGGAAAAGGCUUUGGUUUUGCAGCCUAUAAGAGAGGUGACUAGGCCUGAAAAGUUUCGUUUACUGCUUCCUUUCAGCCUAGAGAUUUAUGAUUCCCCAUUGACAAAUUUGCCCUGUUCUAUAUCAUUUGAAAAGGCAUAUCUUAUUACCUUCGUUAAAGGUGCAAGAGCAGCAAUGAUCGAGGAUUUGAAGGAUGUUUGCAGCAUACUCUGA